AUGUGUUCUCAAGUUUACCUGGUCCUACCCUCAUUUAGGUCAAGUCCAGUCAAGUUUGGAGCAUCACCAGUCAAGAAAUUCUGAGUCCAAAGCAACGUAUUCGAUUGGAAUGAAGAAUCCAAAAGACACAAAGAAUUACGAAAGCAAAGAGCCAAUAAAAAACGGAUGCAUGUAAAGUUCUGCACCAAAUGGUGUCUCUUCGUCCCGGACGGAAAAUUCAAGAUCAACUGGGACCUCAUGAUCAUAUUUUUUACCAUCUGGAAUGUGUUCCUAAUACCCUACCAGAUCGCUUACCAGACUGAAGGUCAUAUUAUCAUAGUUAUUAUUGACCGCAUUGUCGACUUCUCCUUUGUCAUGGAUAUAUUCAUCAACUUCAGAACAAUGUACUUCAGCUCAAACCAAAACCAACUCGUAAAAAGCUCUAAGUAAGAUCGCAAAGCGAUAUAUUUAUCAUGGCCGGUUUGUCAUAGACUUAAUAGCUUCAUUCCCCUUCGAUAUAAUACUUCUGAUAAUCAACCAAGACUCUCGAUAUUUUGGAGCGCUCAGAAUGGUAAAACUAACAAGAUUAUUCAGGCUAGGAAGGAUCAUCACCUUCCUCAGAACUAGGAAAUCGAUUACCUACACAUUAAGGAUAGGCCAAGUUAUUUUCCUGCUAUUUAUCUGCAUACAUUGGUUCAACUGUUUUUGGUUCACAAUAAUCUCAAUUGAUGACAACUGGUAUCCUCCAAAAGAUCUGGAUUUCAAGUACACGAUAAUGUUUAAUUCGAGCAAUUAUGAUGAGUACGUCCUCACCUACUACUACGCGACUGCCUUCUCAAUAAUGACAAACGAGUCUUAUCCCACAAACGAGAGCCAAAUAACAGCGGCUAUCAUAAUCCUGAUUCUUGGAGGUACCUUACUUGGAGUUGUGAUUGCUCAGUUCUCAAACCUGCUAGAGAUCAUGACAUCUCAGCAACGCAAGAAGAACGAAGACCUGGAUACCUUGAACUCAUCAAUGUUUAAUUUCCGUAUUACAGAAAGCAUGCAGAAGAAGGUCCUUGACUUCUAUGAUUUGUUGUACGAGUCAAAAUACCAGUACAAAGAGUGAGCAUUUGAGACGUUGAACCACCCAACUCGUGAGAUGAUCUCUCUGUUCCAGAUCCACGACACUCUCAAGAGUAUCUCAUUUCUUCACAAGAGCAACUUCGAGCUGGUCCGGAGUCUCUCUGAGAAAAUGGUGAUCGAAACCUUCCAAGCCGGUGACAUCAUAAUAAAGCAGGAUGAUAUCGGCACAAAAUUUUGCCUCAUCAUCGAAGGCCUCGCAGAGGUCUUCCUCGAGUACCAAGACUAUGAUUUCUAUACGCCUGCAGUCGUCAAAGAACACUAUGACUCAAACCAAGCUGGUGUUACUAAGAAGAGCCGAAAAGAUGUGCAUAAAACUGAAGAAAUUGUAGAACUCAAAAUGCUCACAAACAGAGAUGCGAGUAAAUAACAAUAAAACUUGUUGAAAUAUUCCCAGCAGCGAGAGGCUGCUGGACAAUAGAUUCGACUCUCUUCAUUCGAACCGGCUGAGGGACACCUUGCCUCCUGAGAAGAAGUUUAGUGUCAUAAAUGAGCUCAAAAAGGGAGAUUACUUUGGUGAGAUAUCUAUAUUAACCAAAUACCUCACUGCCACAGCAACAGUCAGAUCUAUCGGCAACCUCGUCUGAGGAGUAAUAAAAUAAAGAAGAUAAGGAUGUCAUCAACCUCUUGUGGAAAGACAUGACCAAGUACCAUGACAGGAACUUCAAGUUAUGGCAUUACCUCAUCAAAACAGUCCCAAAACUUGAGAAUCUCACUCAUGAAACAAUUCGAGAGAUUUGUCUGAAUUUCAGAAAGAUAAAAAUAUUUGCAAAUACCCGGAUAAUCCGUUCAUUAGAAAUUUCAAAAUACUGCUAUUUCAUUUUAGAAGGGGAAGUAGCUGUCAUCGUGACUAACGAGGUCCAGGAAGACUCCAAAUCACCAAAGAGGGAGAUGAAACAUUUGUUUGAAAGGCUGCCUAAAUACUCUUGAUUCAACUUCACUAACGCUUACCUCGGUUACUACUCGUUAUUCGAGUUCAGAGCUACUACAAACUGAAAGUUGCUUCAGCUUUCAAGAGACGAUAUGAACGAGAUCUCAAUGACUUUUCAUGAUUUUCAGACUGCCUUAUUUGAAAUGAAAGCUAAUCUGUCCUUCUCUGGUAAGAAAUAUGACUACUGCUUACCAAGAACUCGAACUAAGAAGACCAAAGAGGGUAGCUCAAUGAACUUCGAUAACGAAGAUUUUAAAUUGCUCAACGACGAAGGCCUCCCUGGCCUAAAAGUUGAGUAUGUCCAAGAUAUUUCAGCCACUAAAUAAGAUCCAUAAUGGUAAAAUGAACCCAGUAAGAUUCUCAGAUGGUUCUCUCUCCUCAAAUUGGAACCUGAAUCUCACAAGAAAUAUGAACUCAACUAAUAAGAGGCCAAAUAGCAACAAAAGAGCAAAUAACCCCUUCGAGCUCAUGCGAGAAAGCUCAGAGUUCUCCAUAGGGCUUGAGAAGAUGAAGACUAAUGUCUCUACGUUCAAGCCAAGAUCUAUCUCCCCUCUGAACCCCAGUUCGAUCAAGGUUUCCUUCAAGAAGAUCCAUGAGUUCUUCAUCGAAAUCAUAAAGACUAAACCUAGGGAACUCAUAAAGUAUCUCUACGAAGGCUGGAGCAUCUUCUGAAUAAUAGACAUACACUUUUACCAAAGGAUGACCCAGAACAUAAUCUCAUUGCAGAACAAGGAGAUGAGAGCGCUUAACUUAUCCAAGAACUAUAAACUGCCUCAAGUAGAGUUAAAAUAACCAAGGCUAUGACGGCUUUGUACGCCAACAAAAAUUCAUGGAGAUCUGGCAAGAUCUUGACACAAAAUUCAAACAAACCAGCAAGAGAUUCUCCAAGUAUAUCAAGAGGACGAAUCAGAAGUAUUCUGAUCAUGUAAAAUCCGUCCUAGAGGCCUCUUAUCAUUUCGAUAAAAGCUUAUUCAGCAGAAGGUAUUGGAAAAGAGUCGAGUUCUUACAGAAUACACUCAAGUUUGGCAAAAUUGCCCUGAGAUAUGAGAAGAAAACUAUUUCGAAUCUCAUAGCUCUCCUCACUAGAAGUAACACCUUGAAGAAUAAGAUUAGUAGAGACCAAAAUCUACACAAAAAUGAGAUCCACCUCGAAAGAAGAGACUCCACCAGUUUUUCUGAAGAAAGCUCAUCCAAGGAGCUAACAGAGGAAGAUAUCGGGACUAUUUCAUACAAAGAAUGAACUAGCGAGGUCCUUACUAGAAAAUAUUGGGAAUCAGAAGAGAGCGAAUGCUCCAGUCUAUCCUCAGUGGACAUCAGCAGUCUCCUUCGUGCUUAUGACAACAAGAUGAACUUGUUCUACGAAGAAUUCGAUUUCUGAUACGGAGGCACAUAGAAAUCCCAAAACGAUCCAAAUUAAUUCAUAUUUAAGCAUAUCAGCAAAUU